CUCCACCACAUGGCACAAGGGAAUCAAACAAAAGUUUCAGAAUUUCUUCUUAUGGGAUUUUCAGAGGAUCCAGAACUGCAGCCCCUCAUAUUUGGGCUUUUCCUCUCUAUGUACCUGAUCACAGUAUUUGGAAACCUGCUCAUCAUUCUGGCCACCAUCUCUGACUCCCACCUCCACACCCCCAUGUACUUCUUCCUCUCCAACUUAUCCUUUGUAGAUAUCGGUUUCAUCUCCACCACCAUCCCAAAGAUGCUAUGGAACAUCCACACCCAGAGCCAAGUUAUAACCUAUGAAGCCUGCAUCUUCCAGAUGCAUUUUUUCACACUCUUUAUAGGAUUGGACAUCUUCCUUCUGACCGUGAUGGCCUAUGACCGCUUUGUGGCCAUCUGUCACCCCCUGCACUACACGGUCAUCAUGAACCCCCGGAUCUGCGGACUGAUGGUGCUGGUGUCCUGGAUCAUCAGUCUCCUGCAUUCCUUGUUAGAAAGCUUAAUGGUGCUGCAGCUGUCUUUCUGCACAGUCUUAGAAAUCCCUCACUUUUUCUGUGAACUCAAUCAAAUGAUCCAACUUGCCAAUUCUGACACUUUUCUCAAUAACAUGGUGAUGUAUUUUGUAGCUGUGUUCCUGGCUGGUGGUUCCCUCUUUGGUAUCAUUUAUUCAUAUUCUCAGAUAAUGUUCUGUAUAUGUGAAAUCUCAUCAUCUCAGGGGAAGUAUAAAGCAUUUUCCACCUGUGCAUCUCACCGUCCAUUUGUCUCCUUAUUUUAUUGUACAGGUUUAGGAGUGUACCUUAGCUCUGCUGCUACCCACGGCUCACACUCAAGCAUAACAGCUUCAGUGAUGUACACUGUGAUCACACCUAUGCUGAACCCCUUCAUCUACAGUCUGAGAAAUAAAGAUUUAAAGAGGGGUCUGCAAAUGCUCUUUGGAAAGGAAAAUAUAAAAGUGUCUAUUGUCCUAGGGCUUGAGAAGUGCCUGUGA